UCCGGGGGCUCCCCACGUGUACCCGCCGCGGCCGGGGGCUCCCCGCGCGUCCCAGUCACCAGCGACACUGCGCAGGUCCGCGCGAUGAUGCGCCAGCACCCGCGGCCUCAGCAGCAGGCGACUGGCAGCGACGGAGACUCUGCCCCAGUCCGACGGGAGGACAUGAUGGUCGGAGAUGAUCCAUACAACCCCUACAAGAAUUCUAACUAUUACGCCAACUACAACUACUACAACUCCUACUACAGACCCAGAGCCAGGGCUCAACCCCGGCGCGGGUACGGAACCAGCUACCAUCAGAAUGGUCUCCCUGAUCUGGUUCCUGACCCGAACUACAUCCAGAUCGGCACCUACAUCCAAAGAAUGCCGAUGUACAACCUCCGCUGCGCUGCAGAGGAGAACUGCCUCGCCUCCUCUUCCAGUUCUGCCAGUGAUUAUGACACCAGGGUUCUGUUGAGGUUUCCUCAGAGGGUGAAGAACCAGGGAACAGCUGACUUUCUGCCCAGUAAACCCCGAUAUUCCUGGGAGUGGCACAGCUGUCAUAAUCACUUCCACAGCAUGGAUGAGUUCAGUCUGUACGAGCUGCUGGACGCUCAGACUCAGAGUCAGGUAGCUGAGGGCCACAAGGCCAGCUUCUGUCUGGAGGACACGUCCUGUGACCCGGGGUACUACCGCCGCUUCGCCUGCACCUCACACACCCAGGGUUUGAGUCCAGGUUGUUAUGACACCUACAACGCUGACAUUGACUGUCAGUGGAUCGACAUCACUGACGUCUCUCCUGGAAAAUACAUCCUUAAGGUGACAGUGAACCCCCGGCAGCAGGUCCCAGAGUCCAACUUCAACAACAACGUAGCCCGCUGUGAGGUCCAGUACACCGGCACCGCCGCUCACGUGUCCGGGUGCACCGUGACAUCCUCCUGAGAUCAAAUCUGCAACAUGAGCUUGCAAACCAAAACAAACGGAGAAAAAAGGGAAUGCCAAAGAAGAAUGAAGCUUCAAGUUAACUUGUGAUGUAAAUAAUUAAAUUGUGAUCAGAUAAAUGUAAAACUGAUUGUUAGAACUGUCGUUAAACAACUACAGCAGGUUACCCGAGUCAACAUUAAGCCUUUAGAUCAGAAUGAAAAUGAACUGAUAGGUAUGAAUUCAUGUUGAAUGUGCAAAGAAUGUCAAUCCUGGUGCAUUCAACUAUAUCCGCACUAGAUUCAUUUGUUACUCUGUAUUUAGUUUAAAGGGUUCUGGGUUGCCACUUGUGAAUACAUCACUUAGUUAUCUUUAACAUCUUAACACCAAGACUUUUUUUUUUCAAUUGUUAUCAAUUACAAAUCUUUGCAGCAAUAAUAAUGUUAUUAUUAAACCUCUUUUCAAAACCAAUUCAUGCGAACUAUAUACCUGUAACAGCCUUACAAAAAUAAAAGUUUUAAGGGCCAAAGCAUAUCAAAAGGAACUGCUUAUCCAUGUGUUAGGAAUAUCUUUGCUUUAUUAAUUUUUGUAUACAUGGUGUGUAAUUCAGAGUUAGUAGCUUUUAUGAA